AUGUCUACGGCGUCCUCCGACAUUGAGCGUUCUCAAGAUAGGGAGCUCCCUCUGAUGAAAUUGUACUCAUCCAAGAAGACGCCGUUGGCUUUCAUGGCACCGUGGUUGACGGUUGAUGGAAAACCUGAAAUGACUUUCCCUCCGCCAGAAGAGCCCCACAGCAGCCUCUCCGUCGAUUCAGUUCGAAGACUGUCGAUUUUAUCCAGUCUGAAUAUGCCCAAUCAGAAGGGGACCGAGUUGGACAUUGAUACCAUUCCUGAUCUAGGAGCAGAAGGUCCGAAAGCUGCCCCUCCACGAAGGGUUGGAUUCCUGCGUAGAAUCUUGGACAUGAUUUUGUGGCGCAGUGACAAAAAACCACCGAAGAGAAAACAUGAGGAAGUUGAGGAGGUCAAGAGAUUCGCAGGUACUCCAGCACCGAAGAAAAGAAGAGUCUCGAGUGAGACUCCGACGACUGCAGCCACAGUACCAGCAUCAGGCUGGAGAGAAGAGUCCGCGACUAGCGUGGAGGAAAUGCAAGAUUUGCAAGAUGAGCAAGAUUUGGAGAAUAGAGAGGCUUUUGUGGAGGUAGAGGAGAAGAUAGUUGUUGCUGAGGAGGGAGAUGAGGGCGUUGAGGAAAUGCAAGAUGAGCAAGAUUUGGAGACAAGUUCUGCGGAGGAUUUGGAUAAGUCUUCAGAGAGGAGUGGGGGGGAUCGGAAGCGACAAGAAGAACAGGGUGUUGGGGAAUGUUCGGCGAGUGACGAACUUGAAGAUGAGAAUGGUGCUUGCCAGUGA